AUGACUGUGGAACCAAGCAGAUUAAAACAAGAGGCCAUCAAUACGAGACCGCCAGCAACGAAGGCCACACCACCCAAAGCACCUGCCCAGCCCCAGCACAAGGAGGAGAGAGGCGGAAAGAGACGGCGGCGGCGGAGGGAGCAGCGGCGGCGGGAGGGAGCGGAGGGAGCGCCCGAGAGCUCUCUGACUCUGGCUUUCUUUCAUCCCUCUCUCUCUCAAACUCUCUCAAACUCUCUCUCUCUCAAACUCUCUCUCUUAAACUCUCUCUCUCUCAAACUCUCUCUCUCUCAAACUCUCUCUCUUAAACUCUCUCUCUUAAAUUCUCUCUCUCUCAAACUCUCUCUCUCUCAAACUCUCUCUCUCUCUCUCAAACUCUCUCUCUCUCUUUUGUCUCUCUCUCUCUCUUCUUUUUCUCUUUUGUCUGUCUCUUCUCCUCUUUCUCUCUCUUUCUCCUCUUUCUCCCUCUUCUCUCUCUUCUCUUUCUCUUCCGACACUACAGCGCGAAACGAUUUUCCAGCAGCAGCAGCAGGAGUCUUUUGGGAUCAAAGCAGGCAGCAACGUACCGCAGGAGCACAGAGGUGCACUGAAGCAGGACGUGGCCAUUGCCAGAGGCGUGGUCGUUCCACCAAAUCUUUCAACAGCCGCCACACAACUACAAACUCCAGCGCCGGCUCAUCCUUGAUCAUGGAGCUCAACCGCACUAGCGCCACGCAGGAGCCCCCCUGCAUCGAGGUCUCGCCUCGCGAAACGCUGCACUUUGAGGGCAACCCCAGCGCGCGUGAAAAGACCAUCCGAUCCACCUUGACCCUCACCAACAAGACCGAUCGCAACGUGGCGUUUAAGAUCAAAACCACCCGUCCCAAUGCUUACUGUGUGCGCCCCAACUCGGGCUCCUUACCGCCUCGCGAGAGCAAGGAGAUUGAAAUCAUCAUGCAGCAGUUUACAAAUCUUCGUAGUGACCAUGGCAAGCACAAGUUUCAGAUCCAAGCCCUGCCUCUCACAUCGGCGCUGCAAGAAGGCGAACUGGCCGACAAGUUGAAGACAGACGACUUCAAGUCUCAUGCGCACGAAAUUCGCAUGCGCUGUACCUGGCACAACAUUCUCCUCGAGGACGGUCUUUUCUCAGCUGGCAACGUUGAUUCGGCCAAGUCUGCCGCCGUCGCCGAGGCCCCCAAACCCAGCUCUUCCUUGAAAAACACGGCAGCCCCAAAGCCUGCGCCAGCCGUCGUACCCGCAGAAAAGGCAGCUACUCCAGUCGAGGACAAGAACCAGGCCGUAUCCAAGGAGACAACCCCGGCAUCACCCAAAGCAGCGGCGGCUCCCGUCAGGAGUGAGAGCAGCACCUCAAAGCCCAGUGUCGCACAGCUGCGCCCCACAAACAUUGAUGAUGUCGCCGGCACGAAAUCAGCACCGCUCAACGUGCUGCUCGUUCUGGUGGCAUUUUUGAUUGGCGUGGCCUUUGGCAAGUUGUACUUGUAAGCUCUCAAGGUGCGCCUUCACCACCCCGAAUACGUCCGACGACCAGGACCAUCCAGAUGCCCUGCUGUGCUGACGGUGGCCCCUUGGACCCUCCUUUCACCUGAUCCUCCUUGGUUCUUGCUCGCAAGAUUGUGGGGAAUAAAAAGCAAAGUCAUGUUGCACGCUGCUUGCUCUGACUUGACUGUCAAGGAGGUUCUUUUUUUUAGUUGUCUGCACAUUUGAUUCUGUUGAGGCUGUUUCGUGCCGUUAUCCUUGUGCCGUGUUUGCCAGUCACUGUCUUCUUAACCCCCACCCCACCACUGCUUCUUCUGCCGUUUCCCUGGCCGAGUGACCUUCAAUUGCAAAACCCUUUUUG